UAUCUUCGGCUACUUCUGUAACAAAAAUUUGAAGUUCUUGACUGGAAUUCAGGUCAGACAUUAACCAACAAGGUAGUCAGCUUGGGUCACGACUAUCUUCGUCUACACCCACAAUAAAAUAUGGAUGGAAUGUCAGGAUCCAUCGGAUUCAACGGCCGCGCUCACCAGCCCUCCAACAGUCCCAUCCUAGUGCUCGAGCCAGUCAACGACACAUUUGCAUUAAAGUCUCUUGAGCUACCAGAGCACUCCAAAAUCAAAAUUGGUCGUCAGACGGGCGUUACGACAGCACCCCAUCCUUCGAAUGGAUACUUUGAUUCCAAAGUCCUUAGUCGUGUUCACGCAGAGGUUUGGUCAGAGGGUGGCAAGGUAUUUAUUCGAGAUCUCAAGUCAAGUAACGGCACAUUCUUGAAUGGACGAAGACUCUGUUCGGAAAGCACAGAGAGUGAGCCCUUUGAGCUAAACCAGAAUGACAACCUCGAGUUUGGUAUUGACAUCAUGGAUGAAAACGGUGCUCUACUUCACGAGAAGGUGUCUUGCAAGAUCUAUAUUUCUCGAAUGUCAUAUCCUACACCAGGGAGCUCUCCACAAGACUCCCAUGCCAAGAUCAGACCUACCUCGUUAACUGGAUCUAGUAUCAAUCCGAUCAAAACUACUGCAAUUUCAAUGCAAGGCGGACAAAUUGAGAACAUAGACUUGAUCAUUUCAAGACUCCAGAAUGAGCUCACGCGAUCACAAGAAACAUAUACGGACUUAGGGAUGUUGAAGCAUAGCCUAACGGAGCUGGAGAAAGCCAUGACUGUAAAUAACUACGACUCUAAUGUAGCAAAAAAAAAAGAGUCAACAGUUGCUAAUGGUGGAGCGCCCCUAUCUGCUGCCGAUUAUCAAGAGUUAUUAAAGCGAAAGGAUAAGGAGCAUUCAGAGGAAAUUGCGAAAUUGAACAAAGAGUUUGGAGAAACAAAGGCUCAUCUGGAAGCUCAGAAGGAUACGAUGCGUAACAGCAAUGAGAAUGCAAACAAAGCAUUGAUACAAGCUGCAUCUAAAAUGGACCUUGUCAUGGCUCGUAUUAAUAGCAUGGCCCAGGAGCAUAAACAGGAACUUAAGUCAGUAAAGAAGGGGUUUGAAACAGCAUUAUCAGAACUGAAGGCCACGCAUCAAGAAGAAAUUAGCCGCAUAGUUCUAGAAACCAAUCAGGAGAAGGAAGAAUUGAGAAACAGACAUAAGCGGGAGCUUUUAGAGGCCAUUGCUCAAGCUCGGGAGAGUAUUGGUAAUACGUUUGCUGAGGCAAAGGUUCAAAAAGCUCUGGAGCUGGAAUUAAUAUCACUCAAGGAAGAGGUACAGGGCUUGCGGCAGUCUGAAGAAGCUAAAUCUCGAAAGAUCGAGGCGUUGGCCAAGGAGAACAACGCAUUCCUGAAGCAGUUGAAUAACCUUAAAGCAGAGCUUGAUAAGAAGAUGCUACAUGAUGUUAAGGAUAGUAGUAGUAACAGUUCUAUCUCAGCACCUUUAUCGACCACUCCAGAUAGUAAUACUAAUGGUACUAUCCCUAUGCAUCCAGCAGCAUCGACAAAAUUAAUCAGUAGUGCAGUAGACGGCGGAACCGUACAAUCUGGAGAUGGAAUAGAGCCUUCGAAACAUUCUUUAACAGCUCUUAUUACUAAUUGCCCGUAUGCUCAUGGUGACAACGAGUCCAAAUAUGUGUUUUCAUGGUCGCAAUUCGUCUUCCCCAUAGCGAAGAGGAACCAGCCAGCACUGCAUCAGCCUUCGACAGUACUCUUAUCCAGUGGAUUCAUGCUCGUUAGUCUUGGGGUGUAUGUGCUAUGGUACAAGGCUUGGACGAUUUCAGGAUGUAUUAGCUCCUAAUGAAAGUAAUGGAGGUAGUUGUAGUAGUA